AACUGUUGAGGCCCCGUCCGGCCAGGAUUGUGGGCCCAUAUUAGCCCAUCGCGAGAGGCUCCCUCGUCGGACUCGGUUGACGCGCUGCUCGCUUUGCUCGCCGCCGCCGGCAUGCCGCCCUCUUGCCUGUGUGGCCGGCUUUCAUCCCUUCUCCAGAAAUCCUCGCCACUGCAAUGCAACGCCAUACGCGGCAAGGGCGCGGCCCACACGGGGUUGGGUGCCGCCCGCUCGCCGUCCGUAGCCGGCCGGCGGGACAGAGCCAACGGGAACGAGGAACCGCGGCCUCGUUGAGCGCAAGGGACCGUCACGAAGGCUCCAUGGCCGCAGCCUUGUUGAGCGAGAGGCAAGAAAGCCGGGAGCGAAUUCCGGCGGUUUCUCUGCGCUGCACAGGUGGAAAGGUGGACGCGCGGAAGGUGUUUGAGGAAAUGCCGUUUCCAGCGAGAGCCUCGCCGAACGCAGCAGGUGGGUUGACUCGCCAUCCUGUCAGCAUGGGAACCAUUGCCCUUGCUGUAUGCCACUAGUGAGCUGCAAUUGGCGUUAAAUUGGAUUGGCCGUCAGUUGGUGUCAGUAUCGGUGGGAUGGCUCUGCAGUGCCAGUGUUUGCGGAAAUUCUGCAAGACUAAGCCAGUUCGGUCCUUCAGAUGCUGCUGGCACAAUAUAGUGAGCUCGAAGAGUUUGUGGCAACGCCACAACCUGCCAGAGUACCAGAUGUUUCGUGGAGAAGAGAGGCCAGUAUGCUGUGGUUCAGUUUCUGUGUUCAAUGGAAUUGAUACCAUUCGUCGAAGUCAACAGCUCAAAUGUGGCCAUUCAAGUCGUAUCAUUGGAAAGUUCAUUGCAUGGAGAUGCGACGCCUGGCUUGGGGGUGACUGGGUCACUAGUCAAUGACCAUAUUUUCUCAAUUGGUCACUUUCGGUUCUCUGUCAAAGUCAGUGUCUUUUGAAGAAGUUAGCUCCCAGGUACUUUGGCUUCAUUUGAGGAAGCUCGGUCUUCUUCCUCUUCUGGCGUCUCUAAGGUAAGCCUGCCAGAAAACCAACCGCAAAGAGUAUGGCACUGUGGAACGCAGUGGGUCAGGUGGGCAGCAUCGCGCAGCUCGCUGGGGUCGACGCAUAUGGGCUGAUCUCGAUGAUUGUGGAGGCGGCGCGGACGGUUAAGAGGAACCUGGAGAUCUGCCAGCUGCUGGCACGCCAUGCAAAGAUGAUCGGGGACCUUCUGCAGCAGCUCGAACGGACACAGCUGAUGCAGCACAUGGAGACUAGGAACCCAGUGGAACUACUAGAGGAGACGCUUCGGCACGCGUAUGUUCUUAUCGCGUCCUGUCGUGAUGAUAGCUAUCUGUAUAGCUGCUGUAUGGGAGUGAAGCGGGCUGAUCAGCUCCGUGAGGUGCAGAAUGAGAUUACCUUCUACCUCCAGCUUUUCCCCCUUGUCAGCUUUGUCGAUAACACCCGAACUUGGGAGCGGCUUCUGAGCAGGGCUUGUCCUUUGUGCUCAAGGGAAACUACAGAUGAUUUACAUGCAGUACAUCAUGCGGAACAUGAAGAUAGGCUCAGAACAGAGGGUCUCAUGGCUAAUGGAUUUGAAAAUUUGGGAACUCAUCCUCCCUCAAAACCCGAGGAAGAGAAAACAGAAGGCCAAGUCAUGAACAUGAGACGAUUGGCAAAUCUCAUGGGCGGUGCGAAAGGAGCAGAAUUAUUGCAUUUUAGCUUCUCUCAGAUUUUGGCUGCAACAGACAACUUAUCAGAUGGAAAUUUGAUGGAAAAUGGUGGAUUUGGCUGUGUUUACAAGGGAAAACUCUCUAAUGGUGUUCGUAUCGCAGUCAAAAGACGUGAUGCAUCUUCAUUUCAAGGACCACAUGAGUUCAGAACUGAGAUUGAAUCUAUUCCAAAUCUUCGACAUAAAAACAUAAUUGCUCUACUUGGGUGUUGUGUUCAAGCAGAAGAAAGCAUACUUAUAUAUGAAUACAUGCCAAAUAAAUGCUUGGCGUCUGUCAUUGCUGAUGAAACAAAAAGGGGAUUGCUAAAUUGGUCUAAGCGUCUUCAAAUAAUCAAAGGGAUAGCAGAUGGUCUUUUUUAUCUGCACAGGCAUUCUCAGAUGCGUAUUGUCCACAGGGACGUAAAAGCAAGCAACAUCCUGUUGGACCAUGAAAUGAAUGCUAAGAUUAGUGAUUUUGGUCUGGCACUAAUGUUGGCUCCAAAUACGACUGCAGAGGUGGCUGUUAUGGGCACAUAUGGUUAUGUAGAUCCUGAAUAUGUUGCUACUGGAAUUAUCUCAGAGAAGGCUGAUGUAUAUGGUUUUGGUAUAGUACUUCUUGAGAUAAUAAGUGGAAAGCUUAUUCAGUCCUAUAACUUGAAGGUGAAGGGCCAUCGAGGGCUACCGCUUCCUGAUUAUGCACACAAGUACCAAACGAAACUACACAAGCUUGUUGAUCCAUUGUUGCGUGCGAAAAAGCAUGAAAGCUCUCAGAUAAUGGAAUGUCUGAAGGUGGCGCUGUUAUGCAUUAACCAUCUUGCCAAGCAUCGGCCUACCAUGGCAGAAGUUGUUACCAUGCUUGGCAGUAUCGGCGUAUCACCCUGGCAAUAGAUCAUCAGCCUGUUGGUGAGACUGCAUCCGGUUGUACUUUUGGAAGAACCACAGAGAUAGUUGGUAUAACCGUAGUGUCAAGUAAUAAACUACUGCAACUAAUGUUUUUUCCAUAGACCUGUAUGGAGAGAACAAGUAUGUAAUCAUGAUCGGGUAAACACUACAGAGAGAUAAUUGCAGUCAGAUAUUUGUCAAGUUGGUCAGAUCUCACACACAGUGCCGAGUUGAGUGACUCAGUCCAACUUAGAGAUCUGGUCAGAGAUCUCUUUCAUGUGGUCCUUUUCCUGCAAAGUUUGUUAAUGUAGUACUUGGGGACAUCUGCAUGGCUGCAUUUGCAAUUCUUCUGCACAAAUUGUGCCGGGAGGAUGAUUGCGAGCUUCUCAGAAGUCAGAAGUCGCCCCUUUUCGCGCUGGCUGAGUUAUGCUUUGUUGAAAUGUCACUGCAACCUGCCCUUUUGUCUUGUAUAGCUGAAAAUGUCUGUCAUAUGCAUGUGUGGUUAAUAUAGCCUAGCUCUAGAUGACAGUGAGACCAUGAGCAUGAAGAAACGGUCACAUGGACAGGCCAGGCGGCCACCCGUCCCGCUGGACAAAUCAGGUUCAGGUAGGUUGGCAUUGCUGUUCAGGAAGACUGAAGACUGAUGAGAAACCAACCAGCAGUUCAUGGGUCCAACUUGGAAUCUGUCAAAGCUUGAAAGUUCAGUCUCAAAUUUGAAUCAUGCAUAUUUUAUAAAAAUAAACUUGAGGUGAAGCUUCCUGGAAACCCGGCCAUCUCCACGCUUGGCGGCAUCUGUAUGUUUUGGUAAAAAAAUGUCAGCAUCACAAUUCCCAAAAAAAAAAAGAACAUUUUCAAGUGGUGUUGUCUCUUUCACACAAGUCAAGAUCUUUGACUUGUCUGCCACUCCCAAAUCACAGUCUUUUAUAUGCUCCCUCUCAACCGCACCAUCUUCUUCCUCCCCUCCACCAUCUUUGAUUCUUUGCUCAUCCAUUCCUACCACCACCAAAGCAAAGCCAAAGGCAAGAAGAUGGCUCUGGUCGGGGAGGUCGCCACGGUGGCGCAGCUGGUGGGGCUCGACGCCUCCAGCCUCAUCACGAUGAUCACCGAGGCGGCGCGCAUGGUGCGCCGGAACCGCGCCACCUGCCGGCAGCUGGCGCGGCGGGUGGAGAUGAUAGGCGCGCUGCUCCGGCGGCUGCAGGACGCGCAGCCGAUGCGGCAGCCGGAGACGCGGGCGCCCGUGGAGGAGCUGGAGGAGACGCUCCGGCGGGCGUACCUGCUCGUGCGCUCCUGCCAGCGCCGCGGGUACGCGUACCGGUGCUUCAUGGGGGCGCGCCACGCCGACGAGCUCCGCGAGGUGCAGGGUGAGAUCGCCUUCUACCUCCAGCUCUUCCCCCUUGUCAGCUACGUCGACGCCACGCUCAACUGGGUCAGGCUUCUCAACAAGGCCGAUGAAACCUCGUCUUGCCAAGAGGCACCUGUGGUAAGACCAUAUCUCGUGCUGUUCCUGUUACUCUCGUGCGAUGGAUGCUGCUUAGCAUUUGUUCAGGGAGUAUGGCUUGGUAAUUGGUACAGUACACACACAGUUUACACCUCCUCUGCUAAUGUUUAAUUUCUGUGUACCUAUCUGUGAAGUUUUCAUGUGUGAUGUGUCACUGCAGGAGUCGAAACAUAAUACUGACUUGUUCCUAUCACUCAACAAACUAACAAUGAUCUAGCUAGCACCCUGUUUUUUUUUCUUUGGAACAGCUAGCUAGUAUGCAAUGUUUGAUCCUCUUUGUCAAAUUUCCUAGCUGUCAGAUUCCGGUGAAAAUGAAUUCACUGUGUGAAAUAGGUAUGUUGGAAUUUUCUUUUCCUCGCGAGAUCAUCAAACAAGAGUUAUUCCUGACCAACUCUCCGGUGUUUUUUUAUUGCUCGAGAGUGUUUGGAUGAUCUGUUUGCAUCCGUGCUUACCUUUUGGUUCAUCAGGACUGCAAAGUUCCACAGUCGCCGGCUCUGAUGCCGGCACAAUCGGUCAAGCCCUUAAGCCUUCCACCAUUGAGGAAGGACGAGUAGGGCCACUCGUAUGAUUUCCCCAGGACGUAUACUUCAAUCUUUCAGAUUUUUUGAGACGCAGAAGCAACUAACUUGAGUGUUGUCAUCUCGUCUGGAAGAGCAAUCAAGGAUGAGUUGUCAUCUUGAAAUAUCAACUUCUGUCAAAACCUUUCCUCUUCAGUGCACACUCCACAGGAGAAGAACUGAGCCAUGAAAACAUCAAAAAGAUCGAUGAACUGCGGUGCCCGACCAAAAUAAUCAUUGCAGAGAGAACGAUAACCUGAGACGUCACCCUGUCAGACGUGUCUUGAUGUCAAUUUUUGCCUUGCGUUUGUGAAUACUCAUUGAUGAACCAUCUGAAUCUCUUAUUCUUCAAAUCUGAUUAUCUGAACACAGUUACCCUUUGUAUUCCAUUCCUUCCAAGCGAUUUGGAACUGUGGACUAUAUUCAGAAUAAGGCAAUUUUCAAGAUGUCUGCCAACGUCCCCACACGCUGCUUCUCUGAAAGAUGCAACCUGUACCGCAGAGCGUUUGUUAUUGAUCAGCUACAGAGAUCCAAGGCACUGACUCAUUCUGAGUUGGACUGGAUGUACUACUUAUCUAGUCUCAAAUACUUCAAAUCUGUACAGUACCUCUUUGUAUCUCUCUGCAUUCCAUAGCAGAGAUGUCUGUUAAGAUGUAUGUCAGUUAAACACAUUGCUUCUCUGAAUAUUCAACUUUUACAGAGAAUUUGUUUUC